UGAUGCUUUCGUGAAGAAAAAAUAAAGUAAAUUACAUUUUUAAAAGGAAAAAAAAAACACACACACACAGAGCGGGGAAUACGAAACCAGCACCAAAAUGGCAGACAAGGACAGCGUGGAGAAGUACCUGGAGAACAACCCGCAGUUCGCCAAAGAGUACUUCGACAAGAAGAUUCGCGCCGAGGCCCUGUCGGCCGCCUUCAGCGCGCCCCUCGACGCCAAGGACGGCGCCUCCUUCAAGGACAUGAAUUCGGUCCAGGAGGCCGCCGUCAUCUUCGAGAUGAUCCAGGAGCUGCAGAAGCAGGUGCCCAUGGAGCAGGCCCUGCACAAGGUGCUGCAGAGGGUCGCCCAGAUCACGCAGGCCGACAGGCUCAGCUACUACGCGUUGCGCGGCAGGAACGGAAUCCCCGAGCUGGCCACCUGCCUCUUCGACGUGACGCCGACCUCCAGCUACGAGAAGAACCUGGUCCACCCGCAGACGGAAAUUGUGUUCCCUCUGGACAUGGGCAUCGUGGGGUUCACCGCGCACAGCAAAAAGCCGCAAAACGUCCCCGACGUGGCAGCGAACAAAAAGUUCUCCGACUUCGUGGACAAACAGACCGGAUACAAGACAAAAUGCAUGAUGACAUUCCCCUUGAUGGCCGAAAAAGAGUGCCUUGGAGUCGUCAUGGCACUGAACAAAAUAGGAGCCGAUGCGUUCAGCGCAGAAGAUGAGAAGCUCUUCCACAAGUACAUGAACUUUGCCAGUGUCAUCACCCUGCAGCAUCACACAGCCUACAUGUACAAUGUGGAGUCCAGACGGAGUCAGGUGCUGCUCUGGUCUGCCAGUAAAGUGUUUGAGGAGUUGACAGACAUUGAGAGACAGUUCCACAAAGCGCUCUACACUGUAAGGAUAUAUCUGAACUGCGAGCGAUACUCAGUGGGCCUGUUGGACAUGACUAAAGAGAAGGAAUUCUAUGAUGAAUGGCCGGUGAAACUGGGAGAUGUGGAGCCCUAUAAAGGACCAAAAACGCCAGACGGCAGGGAAAUCAUCUUUUACAAGAUCAUUGACUACCUCCUGGAAGGCAAAGAAGAAAUCAAAGUCAUACCCGGUCCACCUGCAGACCACUGGGCUCUAGUCAGCGGACUGCCGACAUACGUGGCUGAGAACGGCUUUAUUUGCAACAUGAUGAACGUGGCUGCGGAUGACUACUUCACUUUCCAGAAAGAGGCUGUGGACGAGUCGGGCUUUGUCAUCAAGAAUGUCUUGUCGCUGCCCAUUGUCAACAAGAAGGAAGAAAUCGUGGGCAUCGCCACUUUCUUCAACAGGAAAGACGGCAAGCCGUUCGACGAACACGACGAGCAGAUCACUGAGGCCCUGACACAGUUCCUGGGUUGGUCGGUGCUGAACUGCGACACCUACGACAAGCUGAACCGCAUGGAGUGGAGAAAAGAAAUCGCCCAGGAGAUGCUCAUGUACCAGACCAAGUGCACGAAAGACGAGCUGCAGUCUAUCCUGAACACCCAAGAGAAGUUUGACGCUGAGCCUGAGGACUGUGACCAGAAAGAGAUGUACAAACUAUUGAAAGCGACAUGCCCUCCGGCUGACAAUGUCGACGGAGAGAGUCUUUACCUGUUCUCCUUCAGCGACUUCCCCGUCUCAGAGCACGGCCUCAUCAAAGCCGGUAUUCGCAUGUUCUUUGAGCUCGGAGUCAUUGAGAAAUUCAAAGUUCCAGCAGAGGCACUGACCAGAUGGAUGUACACCGUGAGGAAGGGUUACCGCUCUAUCACCUACCACAACUGGAGGCACGGAUUCAAUGUGGGCCACACCAUGUUCUGCCUGCUGCAGACAGGGAGGCUGAGGAAGUACUACUCUGAUCUAGAUGCCUUUGCCAUGGUGGCUGCUGCUUUCUGCCACGAUAUCGACCACAGAGGGACCAACAACCUCUACCAGACAAAGAGCAUGCAUCCCCUGGCUAAACUUCACGGCUCCUCCAUCAUGGAGAGGCACCAUUUGGAGUUCAGCAAGACGCUCAUGGGCGAGGAGAGUCUGAACAUCUUCUGCAACCUCCAGAAGCGCCAGUUUGAGCACGUACAGCACUUGUUUGACGUCUGCAUCAUCGCCACUGACCUGGCCCUUUACUUCAAGAAGAGAACUAUGUUCCAAAACAUUGUGAACGCCACAGAGCCGAUGACAGAUGAGAAGGAGGCCAUCGGCUACAUCUCCAACAACCCCACCAGGAAGGAAAUCGUCAUGGCCAUGAUGAUGACAGGCUGUGACUUGUCUGCUAUCACCAAACCCUGGGAGGUACAGAGCAAGGUGGCUCUGAUGGUCGCUGCUGAAUUCUGGGAACAGGGAGAUUUGGAGAGAACUGUUUUGGACCAACAGCCAAUUCCCAUGAUGGACAGAAACUGUGCCGAACAGCUACCCAAGAUGCAGUGUGGUUUCAUCGACUUUGUGUGCGCCUUUGUAUACAAGGAGUUCUCCAGGUUCCACAAAGAGAUCACGCCCAUGUUCGAUGGCCUGAACAACAACAGGGCACACUGGAACGAGCUGGCCGAGGUCUACAAUGCAAAGAUGAAGGCCAUUGAGGAUGAGAAGAAGAAACUGGAAGAAGAAGAGGCCAAGAAAGCUGGAGGUGGCGGCGACGGAGGGAAGUCAAAGACCUGCACCAUCUGUUAAGCUCCUCCUGUGCUUCUGAUUCUGGACUGAUCUGGUUUGGGCUGAUCUCAGCUACGCUAGCCUGCGCUGCUCUGAUUGCUAGUCUAGUUGGAGCUUGACCAGGCUAGCGUGGUCUGGUCUGAUCUACACCAGCGUAGUUCUCUCUGGUUAGGUGCUGUCCGCUCUGGUGCAGUCCAGUCCGGUCCACUAACUCUUUAGUCUAGCUUAGUCAGGUCUGGUCCGCGUUGCCGGGCCUAACCAUCCUCUGAGGAGGGAAGGGUCAGAAACACCACCGAGAAGAAAACGUUGGGACACUGACUGGAAGAGAAGCCGGAAGAUUGUGAUGAAACUUCCUCUGCUAUGAACAUUUGAGAACCAACGUGGACGACAUGUAUUUUCCUUUCAGCACAGUGAUGAUCCACACACUUCCGACACGUAUGGUUUGAAACCAGUGCAUGUAUACACCCAGAGGCUGAAAGCAAUAGUUCCAAACAGCUCAGACAGAGUGAAUUCAAGCCAAAGCAAUAAUUUUCACGCAAUGUUUCCUAUCAGCAGUCAGUUAACCACACAUUUUUAGCAGUACUGUAGAUUGCACAAUGCACUUAGCUGCUGCUGUUUUAGCAGCGGCAGGCCAAGAAUGGAGGGCGGGAGGGUUUCAGGCAGGCACAACAAGCAUCCAUACUUACUGGGUUGUAAUUCAAUUAAAGUAGUUGUGGUGGGAGUUUUUCCUCGAACGCUGUGUAGCAAACCUACGGCAAGACACGCCGCUCGAUCACGCAAGGGCUGAUUGUUCUCUCUUACCUCGAUGAGAUGCGUGAGAGUAUAUUUAUUUUAAUAUGCAAUAUUAUCUUAUAAAUAUAUAUAUAUAUAUUUUUGGGUUUCUUUGUCAGAGAAUUUUGUACUUGAAUUGUCUUCAUGGAUUGGAGAGUUUGAGCUUCGGAGAAAAAAAAAGACAGCGUCGUGAGAUCUAGAAAAACGUGUUUUGUUUUUUUUUUUGUGCCAGCUUUGGGAAUCACCUGUAAGCUGUUAUCUUAAUGUCCAACCACCUGAAAUAAAUUUUAAAAAAAAAUGUAAAAAACGUAACUGACAUAAUAUUUACGCAAGUGUUAGCGCAAAAAAACAGUCCAUAUUGAUUCAAACGAGAAAUGAUCUCGCAUGUAUAUAGUUUAUUACAUAGAAAUUGUCAAAUGUAAAUUGUGUAAACUUAAGAAAAAAAAAGUGUGAAACUGAUUUUAAGGAUGUGCGGUGAAAUGAGCUUUUUGCUCCUUUCCGAAAACGACUUGGGAGUAAGUCGAACGGGGCAAAGUAGAUCUACCUCUCCUGUAAGAAGAUUUGACGGGAUUUUGAUUUGAUUGCCAGCCAAAGUUGGGGAUCCACACAGCUUUAGAGUUUAAAUACCCUUCUUACAGAGGAGGUAAAGCAGGGCUGCCAAAGCCUUAUAUGCAUGUGUGAGACGGCUUAUGUAUUUAAAAAUAAAUAAAUAAAUAAAUAAAAAAUGUGAGAAUGAUUGAA